UUAUUGUCAAUAGUUUUUAUUUGAAGAACGUGCCGCACAUUUUUAUUGUUUAGGACAUAAAAAAGUUUUCGGCCUUGUGCACAGGCGAUGACGCACUCAGCCGGCCGCGUCCCAGCUCGACAUUCAAACGUCAAGUUUCUCUUUUUUCGAAGAGUUCUCUCCCGAUUAACCUAAAUAUUGCGUUCCAUAUCUCGUGACACACAACAGCAAAAAGCGGUGUUAAUUAGCGUACGCAAAAUAUGCGAUUCGAUUUAGCACAAGUAUGCUAAAUAAAACCCAUCCAAAGAGCAGAGUUCAAUUUUGAGGGUACUAUGGGUCAAACUUUGUCCGAACCGGUGACUGCCAAGAACACAGCAUGCUGCCAAAACGCCAAUUUCCAAGUGGGCUCAAGUUCGAUGCAGGGCUGGCGCAUCAACAUGGAGGACUCCCAUACGCACAUCUUGUCCCUGCCGGACGACCCCGAGGCCGCGUUUUUCGCGGUCUACGACGGGCAUGGGGGCUCCAAGAUCUCGGAGUACGCGGGCAAGCACCUGCACAAGUUUAUCACGAACCGGGAGGAGUACAAGAACGGCCAGAUCGAGGAGGGGCUGAAGCAGGCCUUCUUGGAGAUCGACCGGGUCAUGCUGGAGGAUGAGUCGUUGAGAAACGAGCAGUCGGGCUCCACAGCCGUCACUAUUAUUAUCAAAAAUGGCACGUUGUACUGCGCCAACGUGGGGGACUCUAGAGCUGUGGCGAGCAUUGGGGGCAAGGCGGAGCCGCUUUCGAACGACCACAAGCCGAACAACAAGGAGGAGUACGACAGGAUCGUAGCGGCGGGAGGGUUUGUUGAUUACAACAGGGUUAACGGGAACUUGGCCCUUUCCAGGGCCCUCGGUGAUUUUAUUUUCAAAAGAAACGAGGAUAAACCCCAGGAGGAACAAAUCGUUACAGCGUAUCCGGAGGUGCAGUCGUACGAGAUAACCCCCGAGUGGGAGUUUGUGGUGGUGGCGUGUGACGGCAUCUGGGAUGUGAUGAGUAACGAAGAGGUGGUCUCGUUUGUGCGGACCCGGAUAGCGUCAGGAAUGGAACCGGAAGAGAUAUGUGAAAGCCUAAUGAUGAUUUGUUUAGCACCCGAUUGUCAAAUGGCAGGUCUAGGAUGUGAUAAUAUGACUGUUGUUAUUAUUGGACUUCUACAAGGUGAAUCGUACGAACAGCUUUCGGCGAAAUGUGCUAGAACUUAUAUUUCGGAUGAUAAGGAAGAGAACUUCCUCCUGUGAACAAUGUGCAGAUUAUACUUUCUAAAUGUAUUUUUAAUGUGUAAAUAAACUUGUAAAUAUCGUCUAGGACGUGUUUGCUUCGGUUUGUAGGUAAGGUGAGUAGGUUUGUGAUAGUGAUUUCUACCAAAAUUCAUGUUUUUUUUAGAAGACUGUUAUGUAGAUAGUGGAGUAUAGAUAGAAAUUAUAAUUAGAUCAGCACCGAAUUAUUUUUAACAUUCACAUUUCGAGUAGGUUUAGUGCCAAUUAAAUCAAGUUUUUUUUGUUGAAGGUUGAUUGUAAAUGCAUCAUAUGGAAUAAAUCUUUAUUAUCAUUAAUACAAUAAGUCUAUGCUAAUGACAUUACUUAUUACGUACAAAAACAAUAAGACAUAUUGGAGGAUAAAAUGAUAGAGUCUUACGAUUGGCAUAAUAUUGUAAUGUAUGAAACGUUAAAAAUUUGUUGAAAUAAAUAAUUAUAAAUUAA